UUUCUAUGGCUGGUUUGAGUGUCUUCCUUUAUUAUUUAAUUAGAAGAAACAUGUGCCAAAGAUUUUACGGAUACAUUGCAUUAUCAGUACUUGCCAACAUACUACCGUCACAUAGUGAUAACACCUUUAAAAACCUCUCCAGAACGAAACGCUUCUUAAUUUUCCCAGAUGGGAGUUCUCUUCAACUCGGUACGAAACUGGCACAGCCUGAAAACAAGGUUAAUCGUUUAUUUUUAGUCUUCUGCUUUACAAUUCCAAUAAGUGGCAAAGCGGACAUAUUCACAAUAGGAUGGACAGCUGCGCUGGCUUGGGAGCUUCCAUCCGAACCAAUACAUCUGUUUAAAAAGAAGGUGCAGGGAAUGGAACGUGUCGACAAACCGGGAAGUGUAUCUUCCGGCGGUUGGUCAGUUCAAAAAGCAUCUUCCUCAACAAGUGACUCGAUUAAAAAUACUUACACGGCAUCAGCUAUUAAGGAUUCUUUAACCGCCCCCGGAUACAGCAAGAUCCGCUAUAACGGAAAACCUGAUACAAGUUAUCGCGAAUAUCUAAGAGGGAAAUAUGUCGACUACCGACCUAUUUAUGACGCUUUAGAUUUAAAGACGCCUUUCAAAUCUAAUAUCGUGAUGAAGGAACCGUCUUCGUUUUAUGAGCAUCCUGUGUACAAGGAAGUGCAUAGAAGGACGAGAAGGGAUCUCUUUGCAAAAAUUGAGAAAUUUCUAGACGCACAAAGACAAAAUGGGAAAGCUUGCCUACUGAAAGCCAUUUGCGAGGUAACCCAACGUCCCGCAAAUCACGUGGGAACUUUCAUGGAGGAAAUAAUUAAAGCAAUCUUCAAAAUAAAGCAACACAAAAAUAAUGAGGGAGAAGACGAAUAUGACUCGGCUGCGGAUGAAAAGCACAAUUGCACGGAGAGAUAUUCAAGAUGCACAUCGUCUGUAUGGGGGUUAUUAUAACUCCCCUUAAAGAGACUCUAUUCUCGUUUUAAAGCAAACGGAUGGUCAAUUGAACUUCUUAGGAAGCCUUCCAGAAGUGAAUUUAUACAACAAAUAUUUUAAUGACUUGG